GUGUAUUCAAAUUGAGUUCAAAAGACAGACACUAAUUCCGGUCUCUAUUGCUAAUAGUAGUGAAACUUAUGAAUGAAAAGUGGAAAUAAUUUCAUUUGAUAUACAAAACACAAUUUAAUUUAAUUUACUCUAAAAACUUAUACAAAAUGUUUGCUAAACAAUUGACUAUUUUAUCUAUAAUUGCGUUGAUCCUGGUCACAAAUAUUUACGCACAAAGUGAUGAACCAAUGAAAAGACAGCGAGGGGUUCGGGACUACGAGCUGGAGCUGCCGGCCUCGCGCUCGGCCAUCGACCGCAAACACGGCUCGUCUAACGAGACGUCGGCGCCGGACGUCCCCAACCCUAACCCCAACCCACAGCCCAAGUCUAAGUACGUACCGAUAGAGGGGACCGCGGGUUGCCGGCGCUGCGUGAGUAACAACUAUUUAACUCAUUAUUAUGAGCGCAACUGUACGGCCAGGGAUGUGGAGGUCGGGUGCGGCUCACAGUCGUGUCCCAAGUAUUUCGUUUGUCCACAAAAAUCACCCAAAACUCCAACCAAUGGCUGCGAAUACAAGGGACAGGUGUAUGGGUUCGGGGCGGAGGUUCCAGUGGACAACCCGUGCAAAAGGGGCUGUUAUUGCGAUGAAAACGCCGGCUCCCGGCCCACAAUAAGGUGCGCCGAAGUCGACUGUUUCAAUCACAUCCGGGCGCCGCAGACCAACUGCUUCAACGUGUAUGAGCCGGACAAGUGUUGUCCGCGUUUGCAAUGCCCGUCCCCUGACACCCAAUCAUCAGCGUCCCGGUGUUUAUACGACGGCCGGCGCUACCAUUUGGGCGAAACUAUUUACCCCAAAGAGGACCACUGCCUGGAGUGCCGGUGCGUCGAGGGUUGGGACGAAAAUAAGCCGUUGAACAGCACCGGCACCUGUCGUAGGAUCCGGUGCCACAUGGACUCGAACCCCAAGUUCCGUGAGGGAUGUCUACCCAUAUAUCACGAGCGCACGUGUUGUCCCAUUGAUUACUAUUGCCCACCGUCCGAUGAGCACCAGUGCCUGUUCGGGGGCCGUAAGUACCUGAUAGGAGAGCACCUGAACAUCGGUCGCAAUGACCGGACUGAGUGCACGUGUUUAGUGCCCCCGGAGUUCACGUGUGUCGAGCGGUCCAGAGUUCAUACCUACAAACGGGUCGACAGUGCGCCUAAAGUGGAGACAACUACCGGCGCCUCAACCGCCGCUGCAGCUGCCGGUGUCGUCAACUUUCCCACCGAAGCACCGGUAGCUCACAAAUGCGCGCCAUUCAUACCGGAAGGCCUACAGUGCGCCGGCACUAACUGUACGACAAUUAUCGAUGACAAUGGGUGCCAGGCCUGCCGGUGCCAAAAGCCGUGCCCCGUGUUUAAGUGUCAGGGCUCGUGUCGACUGUUCGCAGUCACACCGGGCGAGUGUCCGAAGUGUAAGUGCGGCUAAAAUACAGGUGUCGUUCCCAUUAUGUAAUAAUGUUUUAAAUAGACUCUAAAUUUAAUGUAAAUUAAUAUUUAAGUAAAAAAUAUUUUCGUUUCCUUUUUACAAAUCAUUUGUCGAUAACUUUGGACCGAGUAUUGAGAGCACCGGUAGUUAUCGCUAUUAUGUACACACAAUGUCUCUAUUUUUAAAGUUCAUGUAAUCAAGUGUAUACUGUACUCGAGAUUAUAAUACAUUUAAAAACUUCAAAAUCAAUUGAAACAC